AUGGCUACCUACAUUCCUUUCAUCUUGUUUUUUGUUGUCUUCUCGACUUUCUUCUCUGCCAUUAACAGCAAAUUCUCUGAACAGUCCCCUCUAACUAUAACCAUGAAAGCCGUGGAAAAAAAGACAAGCCUGCACUUCUACUUCCAUGACAUUUCUAGUGGAAAAAACCAAACAUCCACAGCAAUUGCUCGGCCCCUAAACAUGACUGCAGCUGCCAACUUCUUUGGCAGCACUUCUAGGGCAGAUGUCCUAUUGAGAGAAGGGCCAGAACCAACUUCGAAGCUUGUAGGAAGAGAACAGGGAAUUUAUGCUUUUGCUUCUCAACAUAAUGCUGUGUUGCUUAUGGUGAUGAAUUCUGCUUUUGUGGACGGUAUCUACAAUGGAAGUUCCCUAAGUACUCUUGGGCGGAACGCCAUCUUUGAUAGUGUGAGAGAAAUGCCAGUUGUUGGAGGUAGCGGGGUUUCCCGGCUUGCUCGAGGCUAUGCCUUGGCAAAGACAUUUUCAUUUAAUCUAAAGGCAGGAGUUGCUGUCAUUGAAUACAAUGUGUCUGUUGUGUACUUCUGA